AUGUCAGACGAGGAAAUAGUGAUGGAGGAGCUCGAGAACCCCUUGAGGGCGAUUAUUGUUGUCAAUUCUCCGGAAAACCCCGAUGGUGACAUGGAGGAACGGUUGCUCGAUUCUAUCCAGAGCUUUGAUGACAUGAACCAGUUCUUCGACAACUUUGAUGAGAAGAUCGCCAUACCCAACGAGGGACACAUCAAGUACGAGGUCGGCAGCGACGGUUUGGUGGUGAUUGUGGUGGACAAUCUCGAGUUGCGCAACAAAGCAUUGGAGUUCAUGGACGACUAUACC